UCCAGCAGCCUUGCCAACAACAAAAAAAGUCCGCCAGCACACACUUGUCUCUUCUCCACAUUUUCUGGCGUGAGCACGUUGGAGGCAGCAGGGAGGCGGCACCGGGACCAUGUCCUCCCCCCCGCAGCUGCCCUUGUCCCGCAGACAGUCGUGUUACCUGUGCGAUCUGCCUCGUAUGUCCUGGGCUGUGAUCUGGGACUUCAGCGAACCUGUGUGCCGAGGUUGCGUCAACUACGAGGGUGCAGACCGGGUCGAGUUUGUCAUCGAAACUGCCCGCCACCUGAGGCGGGCUCAUGGUUUCCAGGAGCCUGCUGUGGCCAAAAGUGGGAAGGAGCUUCUCAACCAGAAUCCGGCAGACGGACCCGGAAAGUCUCAGCAGCUCUCUUUGGACAGGUACUCACUCUGUGCCGAUAACCGGGCUAGGCUGCCUAACGGGCUCACAGGACAAAAUGGCUUCAAAGUAGAUGACGGACCUCCCGAGCUGAACCGCCAAAGCCCAAACUCUAGGAGCAGGACCCACAUAAGUCUGGUGUGUGCACCGGGAAAUGUUAACGUCCCGCCCAGCCUGCAGCCUCAGACGUUAUUGAACGGGCCCGGCCCACAUGGCCCAGCGAGCAGAACUGUACCGUCAGGCUCAGUGCUCGGCCAGCUGGGUCAAAGUGAGCCGGCCGUGAGACAGGAGCGUGAGCUGAAAGAAAAGCAGCGGAACGCCGAGGUUCUGAGCGAGCUAAGAGAGAGCCUUCGGAACCGACAGGAGGACUGGGCAAGCAAGCCUAUGGUGGUUCGGGACACCCUGGUCACUCUGUCUGGCUGCACACCCUUUGAGGUCCGCUUCAAGAAGGACCACGGCCUGGUGGGACGUGUGUUCGCCUUUGACGCUGUGUCCAAAUCCGGUCUGGACUAUGAGCUCAAGAUCUUUGUCGAGUACCCGAGUGGGUCCGGGAAUGUGUUCUCUAGUGCCUCGGGGGUGGCCAAGCAGAUGUAUCAGGAUUGCAUGAAGGACCUGAGUCGGGGACUGUCCUCAGGUUUCAAGUACCUGGAAUACGAGAAGAAGCACGGUUCUGGUGACUGGCGGCUGCUCGGUGAUUUGUUACCUGAACCUCUGCGGGUCUUUAAGGACUGUGUGGGGGGGGAUAUGCUGCCUCAGCCCCAUAUCGACAGCAGCCACCCGUUGCUGCCCACCGCCCUGGUGCUCCCCGCCCGUGCCCAGGUCCCAAGUGGGUCCAGGACCGUGUCCAGGAAGAGGAAGGCUUCCCCAGAACCAGACUUGGCUGAGAGUGGGCCAAAACUGAUGGAGGACCAGCGCAAGCAGUGGAUCAACAACCAGGCCGAAGCCGUCAAGCUGUCUUUUGGUCCAGCCUCAGGCCGCUCCACCUCACCUGACUCUAUUGUGCCCCCGCAGGCUGGGCACUCUCCUCUAGCCGUGUUCAUGCUGCCGGCGGACACGAUUGGACAGGCACAGUCCCCCAACAAAGAUAGAGACUCAGUCCACUGCAGCAGCAGUCCCUUGUCCCCCGCCAAUGUGGGCGCCCAGAAUAGCCUCCCAUCUCGCAACAGUGAGGCCAACAGUGGUGUGGAACAGGUGCACGCUCAGAGCGCAGCCUCGAGUGGACCUCUGUGCUGCACACUGUGUCACGAGCGACUGGAGGACACACACUUUGUGCAGUGUCCGUCCGUGUCCACCCACAAGUUCUGCUUCCCAUGUUCCCGAGACAGCAUCAAGGCUCAGGGGGCCUCAGCAGAGGUGUACUGUCCCAGCGGGGACAAGUGCCCCUUGGUGGGCUCCAACGUGCCCUGGGCCUUCAUGCAGGGGGAGAUCGCCACCAUCCUGGCAGGAGACGUGAAGGUCAAGAAGGAGAGGGACCCCUAAAAAACAUUUUGACAUUACUCUGCAAAACCAAUGUUUCAUCUUAUUUGAACAAAACAAAUAAACAUUUCUUCACCUCAUGCACGCUAUUUGGCGUGGGCGUGGCCUCACUGGGUAGCUUUGUCUUGUAAAAAUGGUGAGGAUGGCAGCUGUUAGCGUCACACAAACACUGCUAAUUUUUAUAUUUGUAGUUUUAGAACAUUGCAAUAAAUCUUUUCUACAUGUUGACGUGUGUUCAUGUGGUGACAUCUUGUAACGUGCCUUGCAGCAUAGAAAUAAAGUCUCAUGUGUCAAGACCGUGAUGUCACAUCUUUGUGUUGUGUGUGUGAUUGGCCAGUCAGCAGCCCCUCCUAUCACAUUUUGUAUUUAAAAGUUGUUGAUAGAAACAUAAACUUGUUCUUUUCUGUUUCAUCACACCACUCUUGUCUGCAUGGAUGCAAUCAUUUCUACUACAUCAGCAUCCCUGCUACUGUUGCCAUGGGAAACCACAAUGUGUUGCCUAGCAACACAGCCCUUCUGCAGCUUCUGUUCCUCUGAGCCAUUGUGGCAGACAUUUUAUCCAUGCACACAUUCUGCCAACAUCCCCAGAUGUAGACAUGUAAGGUAUCCAAUGCAAGAAAGGCUUUCAAUUAGGGAUGUUCAAUAAUACCGGCCGAAUGAUAUUAUUGCGAGAUUAAUGAAAUAUCUGUUCACAUUGGUAUCUGUUAUUUUGCCAAUAAUGAUAUUGACAUGCCAGUGAUGAUGUCGUGCUCCACAGACAAACAUGGUUGAUAGCUCAGUACAGUGUUCCACCACUACAUCGCGGUUCACCUCUCGCGGAUUUGCUGUUUCGCUGAUUUUUUAAGUGAUUUUUUUUUUUUUUUAACACCGUAUGAACACGCAUUGUGUUGCAUGUGUCUGUUAUUGUAUUUACUACUGCUACCAGUAGAGUGUGGUGUAUACUUAUGUUGAAGACAUGGGGAGCUCCACCUCGUCUCAGUGUGUUUAUGUGCCUAUAGGAGCAUAUUAGGAGCCCACAGUAGACAACAGCCAGCUAAAUAUAGAGCCACAACAGUCCUUAUUGGCUAAGGGAGAACCUGCCCAUUGUGUUCUGUGUCCUGAUUGGCUGUAGACCAUGGUCAAUCGAUCUCCUUCAUGACGUCGCUAGCAAACUAGCUAACUGCAUGAGCUGCUUGCUAACUGCCAAUAAACAAUAGAAGAAGAAGCAGCAGCAGCUAACUGGCUAAGGUUCAAGGAGUAGGACGAGGAGGAGGACGAUGGCAGGAGCAAUAUGUUUUAACAAGGAUACAAAAACGCUACAGCCUUUACAACACUACUCGCGCAGAAGAACAUUACUCCAUUGGAAAGCCACCAAAAGUGUCUCUGUGGAUCACUGACCUAAUGCAAUUUAUCUAGCUGGAAAAAAUAAAAUAUUUACUCACGGGGUCUAGGAGCAAAUUCUUCUCUCUCGAAUCCAGUACUGGCAUAUUUGUGUAAACUCAAAAUGAUCCCCACUUGACAGGAUUGGGUGGUCCAUAUUAUUGUGUGAAUUCGAUUCAUGUAACUUCGUGAGGAGUGUGCAGCUUCAUGGUACAGAUAUUAUGGCUAGUUUAUACCAACAUUGUUAUUGUUUGUAUGUAUUCCUUCAUUUUUCAUUGUUUUUUUUUUUGCUUCUCAAUUUACUGUAUUUGAGUUUCCCUUCCGUGUGUCUUUUACUGGGGGGUCUAUGUGUUGUAAUACAAAAAAAAAAAGAAAAUCUAAACACUGUUCCAAAAUAUGUCUACCCUUGAAUGUAUGUUUGUAUGAUUGCAUGUAAGAACAUGUACAUACAUUGUUGGUGCUCAAUAAAA